GGCAAAGCGCUGUCAGUCCGCGACUAGGCACGGCGGUAGCGUGUUCGUUCGUACACGAGUUCGAGACCGAGAUCGGGGCGCCGCCGACAAUAAUAUUAAUAAUAAUAGCAACAACGAUAAUAAUAUUAAUAAUAAUCGUGGUCGUCGAGGUCAACAGCGGCGAGGUUCGAAGAGACGUCGCUUCCGCUCGAGUUGUUCCGCGGACCCGGAUCGCCGAGGCCGGAUCGAAGACGAAGAUCGUCGCCGCCUGUGAUCGAUAGAUCCGCUCGCGAUCAGACAGACCGUCGUGCCAUCUCGCGCUCUCUCUCUCUCGACGAUCGCGUUCCCGAGAAUUUCGGAAUUUCUUCUUCUCGAGAUUGCUUCGAGGUGAUCGAUCCGCGUCGCGUCGCCCGAUUUCCGCGGAUCGACUCGACGAUCGUCGUCGCGCGCGCAGAUACGAUCGAUCAAAGGAUCCCGGAGAUCGUCCCCUGGAUCGAGAGUGAUUCGACGAGACUGGUCCUGGUCCAGAGAGUGUGUGUUCGAUUUCGGAGCCGAUUUUACGCGCCACAGAUCCUCCAGGCUUGUUGCCGUUGUCGUCGUUGCCGUCUCGUUGCUGUUGCCGAUCCAGCCGAGCACUACUCCUCGAAUCUCGGGAAACCGGUGGCGAACAAGGAGGGGACAGCACACCGUAGCGGCGCAAGGAUCUCGGGACACACGGUCUCCCCAGUGGGUUCACCGAUAGGAAGAAGGACUUGAGCCAGCGACAAUGUCGAUCGUGAUGCAGUACGUGGACCGGCUCCACGAGAUACUCGACAAGAAUGCAGAUCAAAGGACGACGAACUGGUUCAUGAUGCGCUCCCCGUUCCCGACGCUGUUCAUCUGCCUGAGCUACGUGUACUUCGUGAAGGUGAUCGGCCCGAAGCUGAUGGAGAACAGGAAGCCGUUUCAGCUGAAGAACACGUUGAUAGCCUACAAUAUGUUCCAGAUGAUAUUCUCGGCGUGGCUGUUCUACGAGAUAGGAAUGUCCGGAUGGCUGACUGGCGAGUAUUCCCUAAGGUGUCAACCUGUAGACUACAGCGAUCGCCCCGAUGUACUAAGGAUGGUGCACGCUUCUUGGUGGUAUUACUUCUCGAAAUUCACGGAGUUCAUGGACACGAUCUUCUUCGUGCUGAGGAAGAAGAAUGACCACGUGUCGACGCUGCACGUGAUCCACCACGGUUGCAUGCCGAUGUCGGUGUGGUUCGGCGUUAAGUUCACACCAGGCGGUCACUCGACGUUCUUCGGUCUGCUGAACACGUUCGUGCACAUCGUGAUGUACACGUACUACCUGUUGGCGGCGAUGGGGCCGACGGUGCAGCCGUACCUCUGGUGGAAGAAGUACCUGACGGUGUUCCAGAUGACGCAGUUCGUCGCGGUGAUGAUCCACGCGUUCCAGCUGCUGUUCAUCGACUGCAACUACCCGAAGGCGUUCGUCUGGCUGAUCGGGCUGCACGCGACCAUGUUCUUCUUCCUGUUCAACGAGUUCUACCAGCAGAGCUACCAGCAGAAGAAGAAGCGGUCGAUGAUGAUGAUGAACGGCGCGGCCGCGAAGGAGCGCCGGGAGAGCAACAGCGUGAUGGCGAACGGUUCCACGAGCACGUCCGGUAGAAGGGACCCGGCCGACUACUACGUGAAGGGCGACAGCCUGGCGGCCUCCGAGCUGAACCUGCGAAAAUCGUACACGACGGCCGAGUGACCGGGUCGCUCGGCCACGUCGUCGGACCGUCGUCAUCGAAUCAUCUCGCCCCCCUAUCCAUCGAUCCUCCGUGUCGCCGAAUCCGGGCUGCUUCGCUCUUUCAUGCUCCCGAUCCUCGUCUGGCCACCGAGAAACGGACGUCGCCGCGUUAGAAGGUAGAAGGGCAACGAAAAACCGAUAGACCACGCAGGGACACACACACGCGCGCGCGCAUACAUACAUACACACAGAGAACACGAAUGUCGCGUCGGGAAGAGUACAAAAUUGCUCCGCGAGUCCACAGAAGGAGAGACAGACAGAUAGAUAGGUAAAUAGAUAAGCUAGGAAUAGGUAGAUAGUUAGCUAGGUAGACAGAUAGCGAGAAAGAGAGCGCAGCGCGCACCCUCAAUGUCACUGUCAACCAACGACCCGCGGCGCUCUGCCGCUCUUUGCUCGCCCCGCGACCCGCCAUGUCAAACGCCGAACCAUCGGGUUACGUUCACGAGUUACCUGUGGAAAGCUAAAGGAUUACCGCCGAUGAUCCGCGGAAUCCGCGGAGGAGGAGACCCCGUCUCGCGCCGACCGCGGUCGAACCAUCGGUUUCGGCCGGUGUCGCCUCCUACUCCUCCUCCACGGUCUAUCGUCGCUUUCCCAUUAGAACGAAUCAUUGUCUAGCGGCAUAUAUUUUUACAGUUUAUAUAAUUUUGAAACGCGGCCGGGAGCCGCGUUUUUGCCCGCCACAUCGGCUUCCUCGGCGGCGGCCGCCGACGCCGCCGCUCAUAGAUUAUAUAAAAACAAGGAAUUAUAUAAGAGCGUUAACGGCGGAGUCUCGGAUCGGGGUUACGCAACAAUGCCGCGGUCCGUUAUCUCGUUGCGCAAUUCGGGAAGAUCUCCUUUUUUUCGUGGAUCUAGGACCGGCCCGAUCGACCGUUGAUCCCCGGCCGCCAGGAAAUUCGUUCGCCCGAGACCACGACGACCUUAAUAUCCGACCCUCCGCGGCUCGACGAACUAGCCGCGAGUUCCCGCGAGCCGGCGCUUUCCUCCGCGGAUUACGUAAAGCUCGCGCGAGCGCGCGCGGAAACCGGACCUCGGAUCGGCGCGUUCGGCACCGCGCGAGAUUUCGUCGACCUCGGGAGCCCUGGAAUUCCGCGUCGAACGACCAUCGUCGAGGCACGAUCGCCGAGCUUCGGCGAGGUUCCGCGGACUCCAGGCGCCGGUCCGACCUUGUUCCGCGCUCGCGACUCGUCCUCAGGAGCGAUUGUCAGGCAGCGUGACGGACGGCAGAACGGAUUCCGAUGGUUAGAGAGGUGCUCGAAACAUUGUACAUAAUUUAACGUCGCCCUGUUUCCGCGUCCUCGACCAAAGCCGCUCGCUAACGGAUCAUCUCUUAACCGAGGUUCAAGAAGUCGUGAGAUUUUCAGGAUAUACGUAGGACUCUGGAAAGUCUCUGUUAUAUUUUCGUGAAAAGAAACCUGUUCAGUUUUCCGCCUGCGAUAUUGUGUAAAAAUCGGUUGUGUAAAGGCCAGGGGAAAGAUGAAACGGUGAAUCGCGAAGGUAGAGCCUUCCAGCUUUGUAAACGAGUUCGGAUCGAUUGCUGUGCAUCUUGUUUUUGGUUUGAGGAAAUUGUAGCAGCCGAAAAUUCUGGAGUCACUAGUAGAGGGGCGUGUAUUGCGCGAUUUUUCUUUCGCUGCGCGAAUCCUUUCCAAGCGGUUGAAAUUAAACCCCGGGAGAGAACCCGUUGUUUAGCUGUUCUUUCAAGGAUUAAUUUGUACGCUUUGGAGCGCGUUCGAGCGGCCAAGUAAAUUGUGUAAUACGUGCCCGUACAAGUCCUGAGAGUUCCACCGUUUUCUGAUUCUCCGGAACGACGAUUUCUCCUUGUCAGGCGGAACCGGAAACAGGAGAGACAGCGAGAGUGAGAGAAGUAAAACGAGGGAGGGGGAAACAUUUGGAGUUCAAUUUGAUGGGAAGGUUGUACAAAGUAAUGCAGUUUUUUUUACUAAUCGGUAAUAAGAACGACCUAACGAUCUAAUGAAUAAUGUAUAGAUAAACGUAGAUGUAGAAUGAUGCACCAAAUUGCGACGUUUAUACGCUUCGACUUACCGUUCGAGGACGACAGAAACGGAUCUGUGCCGGCAAUCGGCGGUUCAACCAUUUUUUAUAGCGCGAUACUCCUUUUUUCCUAGACGAAAUAUUUUCGAGAACUCCAACAUCAGUUUAUUCGACACACUGUCUGUGUUAGAGAUGCCAUAAUCGUGCAGGGUUUGCUAUCGAAACUAUUUAUAGAUGACAAAUUACUUAAAUACGGUCGAGACAACGUACAAGUACCUUCGAAAGUAUAUUUAGUAAAUAUUCGUAAAUGAAGAGAUUAAAAAAUCUACCUGAUUUUCGCUGAUUGCACAACGUCUAAAAUUUACAAUAAACCGUGUACUUGUUGAUAGCCUCGUGCAGACGAUAUUCUGUACAAAGCGUCGGAUAUUUCGUUCGGUAAAUGGUGCAGCCCGUUUUCAAGCUCCUCGCUGAUUGGCACUUAGCCGACCGUAAUUGUACGAAUCGCACAAACCUGAGGAAACGUGUUACGUCUUCGAGAACCGAGUGUUCGAUUCUUGUAAUGUGCCUUGCGAGUAACCCGAUGUGCCUUAACAUCUGGAUAUCGUGACGAUGCGAUCUCGAGGACCUCACAAUUUUCCACGAUACUAGACGACCGUCUUGGGUCGUCUUAGCGUAGGCUUCAAGGUCACUAACGUCUUCGCGAUCUAGGCAAUAAGAUUCGACCUCGAGAAGCAUCGUCCGAUACUCCGGAUCGUCGAAGAUCUAUUCGACCGGGAUUUUUGGAGUUCGCAGGAUACCGAGAUCCCGGCUCACACAACAGUGCUAAAUCGUCGAGAGUGUUCAGAACCAUGGUUGUUUGUUGUUGUUGUUGUUGAUGAUGAUGAUGAUGAUGAUGAUGAUGAAAUCAUUUGUUAGACUUUAGGGAAACGUCCGCGAGCAUUUCUAUUUUUCUCCAGCAGCGAAGUUCGGAAAGACGAUCGCGCUCUCUGUUCAUUCUAUUUUUGUAGACGGAACGCUCGUUACCCGGAGAGAUCUGUGAUGUAGAUCAUUCGCGCGAAGAAUCAUCGUCGUUUUUUGUGUCCAAAAUUAGCAUGCUAGGUCUAAUUUAAUGAUUGGACUGCGGAUUUUAUGAAUUCAUGAAGGAAAUGAUUAAAUCAUACUUGGGAUAGCAGGGAAAUUCAAAGUCUUUCAGAAUAUAGAUCACUAUCAACUUAUCAACAUUUUUGCUACGAGAAGCAUUUUAAAAUGCUUUGUACUAACUGGGGUUACCAUUUAGAAAUGGAGGAAAAAUAUCUGAAGAAAGUUUAAUCAUUUUCUUUUAUAGAAUAAUCUCAAAAGAAGUUGGUACAUUAUUGAAUGUAACAUGUUUAUCUUUGUUAAAUCUUGAAUUAGAUAUAUUUAACAUUUAGAGAACUAUUAAGAGUGAUCGUUGAGACAAUUUCUUCUUGUCUCCUUGGUGCAAUUUCAUUCUGCAUGAAGAUCCGCGGUCUAGUAAUGAUACUUGCUCACGUGUUCUCGUAGAGAUCGCCUAAGAAAAAAAACAGACACGAACCAAUCAUUGUUAACGUCUAUCUAUAUAUAUAUAUAUACAUGCAUAUAUAUGUUGAAUUGUUCGGGGUACGAUCAUGGUCAUUGUGGAUCAUUCCUCCGCUCCUUUCCUGCCCUCUAAAUCCUCGAAGAAAACUAUGUACCACGGGAAUAGAAAUCGUACGAUCAAUUUUUUUGAUUUAAUGUGACGACACGAUCGACGCGCACAAAACGUCCACUUGGUGUUUCGUUCGCUUUGCACGUUUCGUACACCUUGUACAUAGGUAGGUUUAGUUUUGUACUAUCGUAAGGAGAGUAAACUAGUGAUGAGGACCCGAGGUAACCAAUCAUUUUGCCACGUUUCGCGGCGGAGUUAGGUGAAUGGAAAUUGGAGAGAGUGUCGUGCGCAUAAUGAUAAUUUAUAUACGAAUCAACAUCUAGAUAUUAUUAUGAAUAAAGAGUUGUUAAGAAAAAUCA